UUGCCGGGGAGAAAGUAACAUGGUGGCCGCUUCCUCCCCAAACAGGAGCGGCGGCGGGUCCGGAGGCUCCUGAGGAGGCGGCGGGCGCGGGGAAAAGCUCCGGGCCGGGAGUGCCGGAACCGUUGAGGCGGACGAGGGGCGCCCGGUGGCGGCUGUCGGCGAGCAAGCCGGCGGCAGGAAGUACUGACAUAACCAUGAUAGAAGACAAAGGUCCACGAGUGGCUGACUAUUUUGUAGUGGCAGGGCUCACUGAUACAGAUACUGCAACCCUCCUGGACCAAGAAGUAAGCCGACAUGAAACAAAGUCAACUGGUCCAAAGGCUCCGAUUACUGACAUUGCUGUGAUAAUUAAGUCAACUGGUGAAACUGUCCCAGAGGGAUACACCUGUAUUGAAGCCACCCCUACAGGCCUUCAAGCCAACUUAAACUAUGGAAGUCUAAAGAGUCCUGAACUUUUUCUUUGCUACAAGAGAGGCCGGGACAAACCACCUCUAACUGACAUCGGAGUUCUGUAUGAAGGGAAGGAACGCAUCAUUUCAGGCUGUGAGGUGAUUCAAGCUACUCCUUAUGGUCGUUGUGCUAAUGUUAAUAACAGUUCAGCUUCUUCUCAACGGAUCUUUAUCACGUACCGAAGAGCUCCUCCAAUACGACCUCAAAAUUCAUUGGCAGUGACAGAUAUCUGUGUUAUUGUUACCAGCAAAGGAGAAACCCCUCCUCAUACAUUCUGCAAAGUUGAUAAGAAUUUAAAUUGUGGAAUGUGGGGUUCCAGUGUAUACCUUUGUUACAAGAAGUCUGUGCCAGCUUCUAACUCUUUAGCAUAUAAAGCUGGCUUAAUUUUCAGAUAUCCUCAAGAGAACUAUGAGUCAUUCCCACUGUCGGAAUCUGUACCUCUCUUCUGCCUUCCUAUGGGAGCUACUAUUGAGUGCUGGGACCCUCAAACCAAAUAUCCACUACCAGUGUUCUCAACAUUUGUACUGACCUGCUCUUCUGCAGAAAAGGUUUAUGGUGCUGCUAUUCAGUUUUAUGAGCCUUAUCCCCGGGAGCUGCUAACAGAAAGACAACAAUUGCAGCUGGGUCUUGUGACAGCUGUAGAGAGGAAAGUGGUUACUUCCAAGUCCAUCAAUUCCAACAAAUGCAUCUGCCUUCUCUCACAUUGGCCUUUCUUUGAAGCAUUUAGAAAAUUUCUUAUGUUCAUCUACAAACUCUCUGUCUCUGGACCUCAUCUACUUCCCAUUGAAAAGUACAUAUCCCAUUUUAUGCACAACAUACCUUUCCCUUCACCACAAAGGCCAAGAAUUCUUGUGCAGCUUUCUGCCCAUGAUGCAUUAAUAUUGUCUCAGCCAGUUUCUACACCAUUGCCAUUAAGUGGAGCAAACUUUAGCACUCUGCUCAUGAAUCUUGGACCGGAAAACUGUGCCACUCUGUUACUCUUUGUAUUACUAGAAGGCAAAAUCCUCCUCCAUUCUCUUAGACCAGCUGUGUUGACAGGAGUUGCUGAAGCUGUAGUAGCUAUGAUAUUUCCAUUUCAGUGGCAAUGUCCAUAUAUCCCUCUCUGUCCUUUGUCUCUGGCCACCGUACUCAGUGCACCUCUUCCAUUUAUUGUUGGAGUUGAUUCACGAUACUUUGAUCUGUAUGAUCCACCGCAGGAUAUUGUGUGCAUUGACUUAGACACAAACAUGGUGUACAUAUCGGAUGAUAAGAAGAGCACCAACUGGAAGCAGUUCCCUAAGAAGCCAUGUAAAAGCCUGCUUAGCACCUUAAAGAAACUGCACCCACAGCUGGCAGCAGUUCACAGGAAAACUCAAGAAGGCUCUGCAGUGGAAAUGACUCCUAUAGAGGCAGAUUUCUCCUGGCAGAAGAAGAUGAUAGAACUUGAGAUGGAGAUCCAGGAAGCUUUCCUCCGUUUCAUGGCAUCUAUUUUAAAGGGUUACAGAACAUUCCUCAAGCCAAUCACGCAGGCGCCUUCAAAGAAAGCAACUGCUGCUGAUUCCUUGUUUGAUCAUCAAGGAUUUUUAAAAAGCAGAGACCGUGCCUAUACAAAGUUCUACACACAUCUCACCAAAACACAGAUAUUCAGCCGCUUUAUUGAAGAGUGCAGUUUUGUGAGUGACAAGGAUACUGGCUUGGCAUUUUUUGAUGACUGCAUAGAAAAGCUCUUUCCAGAUAAAGGAACAGAAAAAGGAGAGAAGGUUGAUGUAGAUUCUGCUGAAGAUGCGCGAUUGAUUGAGCUUGAUGAGUCACAAAAAAGUGAACACACAGUGUUCAUAAUGCCACCAGAACCUCCUGCUGAUGAUGGACAGGACCGAGUGCCUAAAUACAGCUAUAAAAACUUCCCACGACUAGAUUUCAAGCUCUUUGACAGGCCACAGGAGCUCAAGCUCUCCUUCAGCAGACACCCAGCUGGAAGCAGCAUUUCAAAUAGUCCAGCACUCAUGGCAAAGAGGACAAAACAGGAGAUAAAAACAGCCCAUAAAUUAGCCAAGAAGUAUUACGUAAGCCCCCCACAGUGGGCUAAGUGCCUCUUCAGUCAUAGUCACAGCCUGUGGUUUAUUUGUCUGCCAGCCUACAUCAGAGUUGCACAUCCCAAGGUCAAAGCACUGCAGCAGGCAUACGAUGUUCUAAUUAAAAUGAGGAAAACUGAUGUGGAACCACUAGAUGAGGUCUGCUACAGAGUUGUAAUGCAGCUCUGUGGACUGUGGGGUCAGCCAGUUCAGGCCGUGAGAGUCCUCUUUGAAAUGAAAAAUGCUGGAAUACAGCCCAAUGCCAUCACCUAUGGUUAUUACAAUAAGGCAGUUUUAGAGUCUCCUUGGCCUAGCAGUAACCGCAGUGGCAUAUUCCUGUGGACAAAGGUACGAAAUGUAGUUCGUGGCACAGCACAAUUUAGGCAGUGCUUAAAGAAAUCAACGCAGAGCCCACGAGUACCUGUGAUAUCAGCUCUGCGGAGUACCACGGGUGGAAGUGAUGGGGACAUGGUGAGCCAUGGUAGCGUGGAUAGUUCUAAUGAUGCUAACAGUGGGGAGCACACUGUCUUCGUCCAUGACUUAGUCAGGCUUGAUUCCAUUGAUAAUCACUCUAGCACAGGUGGUCAGUCAGACCAGGGCUAUGGAUCCAAGGAUGAACUUUUAAGAGAUGAUGGGGAUAGUCUUCAUGCAACUGAAACACAAGUAGAGAAAGAUAUUUCUUCUAAAGCUGAAGACCUAAUAGGAGAGGUUUGUAUUGAGAAAUCUGAUGAAAAACAACAGCUGAAUAUAGACACUCACAGUCCAACAGACCCACCUGCUUGGGGUAACAGUAUCGUGAAAGUUCCAUCUGGCAUUUUUGAUAGCAGUUGGAGGAAGAACAGUGCUGAAACUGGUACUAGCCCACUGUUCAUAACUCAGGAUUCAGUUGAAGAUGUAGUCUUUGGUGAUGUUUCUCCUAAGAAAACAAGUGAAAAAGGACAGAAGAGGCAGAAACUGUUUUCAGAGAGAAGCUGCAGUUUCAGCAGUGAAAGCAGAGCAGGAAUGCUGCUGAAAAAAGGCAGCUUGGACUUGCAUUCUAAAGAAAUGGCAAUAAUGAUGGGAGCAGAUGCCAAGAUCCUAACAGCAGCUUUGUCUGGGGCCAAAACUUCACCUUGUCAUAUGAAUAAAUCCCACAGCUUUGAAAGUAUUGUUGACCAGCAGGUUCAUGGCAUAAGUGGCACUUAUGAGAGUGACUGGGAAUUGGAGCGUAGGUCUUCGCCAGUGCUGGAAGAACCUGGGGAAGGGCAGGAGCAUCUUGAGAAUGGGAGAGAUGAAAACAUGACCACAGUGGAAGACAUGAACCUUGAACAGUCAGCUGAGUCCAAAAACCAGAAACCAGAAUCCAAAGAUACAACUACUAAAAGGAAUAGCUUUUAUGGAGUUGUUAAGCCUAUCGAAAGGGAAGAUGUUGAAGUAGGCUUGGACCCUUUGUCUUUGCUGGCUACUGACAGCAUGGAAACAAGGCAUCCAGAGGAUGCUGAGGAAAAGUUGAUGUCACCAGUUGCAGCACGUAAUUUAGCAGAUGAAAUAGAGAGCUAUAUGAAUCUGAAGAACCCAUUGGGUAGUAAGUUUCCCAGCAUGGAACUGCACAAACCAGAUACAAAAGCAGAAGUCUCUGGUACACUUGGUCACUCCCAUGAAAGGAGGUCAAGCCUGCCUUUGGAUCCCAUCCUGCCAUCCCCCAAGUCUUACGAAAAUCGGAGAAGUCCUUCUGUUUCCAGAUCCAAAACAUUCACUGGACGACCAAAGCAACAAACUCACCCACGAGUUCAAAAGGAGCGGUCUUCAUCUUUGACAGGACUGGGUCGUUCUUCUCCACAUGGCUCAUUAGGAUCCGUCGUAACAACUUUAUCCAAUCUGAAGUUAGACAAUAUACUGUCUGGACCAAAAAUGGAUGUUCUGAAAUCAGGCAUGAAGCAGGCUGCCAAUGUGGCCAGUAAGAUGUGGGGAGUUGUAACUUCAGCAUAUAGUUACUCAGACGAUGAGGCAAAAACCAAUCGACCAGACUUUAACUUCCCUGCUGGUUUUGAAGAUAAUAUUUUAGGAGAUAAUCUGUCAUCAAGACCUGGAGUCCCAGGGCUGAUUACGAAUGAGCUUGCACAAAGCACUACUAGUCUUGGCAGCAGCAAUAGCAGUGGAGAAGCAGGAAGACAGCAUUACAGUGCAGGUGAAGUUUCAUUCCCAAGAAGUACAAAGGUUCUAGAGUCUGAGAAGUCAGAGCACAGCUCUUCACAUAAUACUAGUUUAUCCAGCAUUUUCCAGAACUAUGCGAUGGAGGUAUUGAUGUCAAGCUGCUCUCAAUGUAGAGCUUGUGGUGCUUUGGUGUAUGAUGAAGAAAUUAUGGCUGGAUGGACAGCAGAUGAUUCAAACUUGAACACUACCUGUCCUUUCUGUACAAGUACCUUCCUGCCUUUACUUAAUGUUGAAUUUAAAGACCUACGUGGCUCUGCAAGCUUUUUCCUGAAGCAAAGUACCUCAGGAGACAGUUUACAGAGUGGUACCCUUCCAUUAGCCAUGGAUCCCCUGGGGCAGAAACUGUUGUCCAGUCCAGCUGUUGCCGACUUGAUCAGUUUUUCAGAUCACCCACAGUCCAGCCACACCAUAGCUGAAGAAACUAGCUCUGCAGCUGAGCAGAGUGAUGUGGCAGAAGAAGAGAGUAAAGAUCCCAGAACCAUGAAGACAUCUGCCAAUAAUCCACCAAAAAGGGGAGUGUCCUUGACUCGGAGCCACAGUGUUGGAGGUCCACUGCAAAACAUUGAUCUUUCCCAGAGACCGUCUCAUGGCAUUUCAACAGUUAGUCUUCCAAAUAGUUUGCAAGAAGUUGUGGAUCCUUUAAUAAAAAGACCUAACCCUCUCCCCGUAUCUGUACCCUACUUGAGCCCUUUGGUACUACGUAAGGAGCUUGAAUCACUGUUGGAAAAUGAGGGAGAGCAAGUAAUUCACACAUCCAAAUUCAUCAAUCAACACCCCAUAAUUUUCUGGAAUCUAGUUUGGUAUUUCCAACGGUUGGAUCUACCUAGCAACUUACCUGGACUCAUUCUAACAUCUGAACACUGUAAUGAUGGAGUGCAGCUUCCUUUGACAUCUCUUGCUCAAGAUAGCAAGCUAGUGUACAUCCAGCUUCUGUGGGACAAUAUCAACCUUCACCAAGAGCCGGGGGAGCCCCUGUAUAUGUCUUGGCGAAAUCUCAAUUCUUCUGAAAAGAGACCCUCCACAGUGGCAGAAGAUCAGCAGGCAACUAACACGUUGUUGGAGAACAUCAAACUAUGUAUUCAAAACAAUAACGUUGAUAAACCAAUCAGCCUCCUUGUACAGAAAGUUAAGCCAGAUGUGAAACGACAGAGGAGUUUUUACAGAGAAAUUCUUUUCCUGUCUCUGGUGUCUCUUGGAAGAGAGAACAUUGACAUUGAGGUCUUUGAUAGUGAAUACAGACUUGCACAUAAAAAUUUACCAAAGGAUGUUCUUGAGAAGAUGCAGAAAAUAGAUGCUCCACCAAGCAGCAGAGUUGAGUGUUGUAGGAAGUGCUUUGGAGCACCUUUAAUAUAAAAAUGACAAGAACACGCGCUAAACUUCAGUGAGACAAAAGAACCAGGAGUAUGAUGAUAUAUAUGCAUAUAUAUAAUAUAUACACUUUGAAUCCAAAAAGGUGAUAAUUGAGCAAUUUGUCAAAGUGAUUUCAUUGAGCUACAACAUAUAUUCUGUCUUUCAUCUCAUGAGACACAGUGUAAAGUACGUUAAAAUGUUUUAAAACUAUAUUAACAGGGUGAGUUGGUUUCAGUGAUUGAUCUGCCUUUUUUUCCUGUAUAUACUUCUGCUUUUCCUUCCUCAAAUCUUUCCCUCAGAGUAUUAAGUUGUUCAAAAAGGUGAUGAUUAAACAGCAGCCUAUAGUUGGUGACUUUCUUCAGAGCCACCAAUACUUGUGUAUUUUAAUGAAAUACCUUUCCUGGCACAGAAUAUUUAAAUUCUUCACUACUUCUUUAAAAUGACCUUUACAUAAAAGAGGGAUUUUCUUACUGGUGUACAGUAUGUUUGUAUGAAUGUAAAUAUUUGAGACCUUGGAUUGAAAGUUGCAAUGCAGUUGCUUUUGUCAGAUCACAGUACCUAAAAUUGCUACCCUUCUCUUGGCCCGUGUCCCAAUCAGCAUUCUCAAUUGUCUUUGGCUGACCUUUUCACAAUGUAUGUCUAUAGUUGUAGAAACCAGAAACUUACACUAGCUUUCCGGUAUUGUCCAUCUGACAAAUUAAAGAUCCUGUGAAUGUCCUGCUGCUUUCUCCAAAAGAAUUAUAGGCUUCUACACUAAGCUGCUCAGAAAUGGAUGGCUUUCUAAAAAAUAGAUAGGAAGCUUAAAUGGCAUUAGGAUACAUACAAGGUUUGUCAACAGAUACUGUCUGAAAAAAUUAUGCUUUAUACUGUAUGCAUGUAUGGUUAAAAAGUUUCUUUUUCCUAGAAUCCUUUAUCACCCUCUCUUAUGGUUUAAGGCUAGCCUGUGGGUUAAUUGUUUUGCACUGACAGUCCAAAUUCAAUAUUUCAAUUAAAAUAUAUUUAUAAAUGUGUAUAUUAGCACAAAUGAAGUGCUUGAGUGUAUGAUCUGAAAAGAUGAAUCCGUCUUUUGGAUUGCUUCUAGUAGAUAAGACACUUCCUCACCUCACAGAUCUAAUUGACUACUGUAGUCACAGUCUUGGUGAGAAGAGCCUGGAUACUGGUCAACAGUUUAAAUGUUUCUGUUACUUGAGGAAUAUGAUAAGAUUUAUUCCAGGUUUUUUGCUGAAAUUUAAUGGCAUGGCUUUUCUGAUGGAGUUAUUCCUAGAGAAAAAAAGAGUAAGAUUUGUAGCAUGUUAAAGGAGCAUAGCUGAAACUAUAUUUGCAUCUGAGUAUGAAUGUAUUUACUUCAUACUACUCUUUUAUUAAAAAUUUUCAUUCUUGAAAAUGAUGAGGGAUGAAUAUCUGUCUGGAACAGCUUCUACAUGAAACAACAAAACCAACUUUUGUUUUUUCAUGAGGCUAAAACAAAGGAUUUGCACUAUUUGUGACAAAAUACAUUUGCAUCAUAGACUGAUUUGCUUGUAUUUUGUCUAAAAGUGCUGGUCCUAAAUUAAUAUGGGGAUAUUGCCUGGACAGGUUCUCUCCUGAUGAAAAUAUUAUGCUUUCUUAACAAUUAAAAGCGAGAAAGCACACACUUUUUUUUAAUUCUUUAUUCUUUGGGUUUAUGCAUGGUUGCUUGCAGAUAUCUGACCUACAUCACAAUGGAAGUGUAGAGCUUGAUUCUUCCUAUUUUCCUCUCUUCUCCUAUUACAUAAUUGACAUGCGCGGUUCCAUCCUUUUAAAGCAAAAGUCUCUCUGAAGCAUUCAUCCAAACAACUUCUACAAAUCAAACGGCAAUUUUUCUUGUAUAAUUCUAUACUGAUCUUAAACAUACAGCUAGACAAAGACAAUUAUUUGAGUGUUAAGUGGACAAACCACAUGAUUAUGUGAUGCAUCUUGCAAGGAAUCAAGUUUUAGUUAUUCUUAAAUUAUCACAGCUGAUUAAAUUACAAAGAAAAUCUGUCACAACAGACAAUCUGGGACAAGACAGUGAGUGCUGUUUUAGAUAACUGCUGACGUCUAAAUUGUUUUAAACCAUUGUAAAUAAUAUUAUUAUAAACUAAAUUCUGUAAGCAGAUCACCUUCACUUCAAAAUAACCUUCCCAUCUGUUGCUGAAAAUAUAGAUUAAUCAGGCAGUAGAGUUGUAGAAACAGCAAAGCAGAUUGUGUCACAGCAUCUAGUGCUAAAUGUUAGACUUUCCCCAGAUAUAUACACUAAACAAAAAAUCCCCUAAAUCCUGAGGGGGAAGAGGACAGCUGUGGGAUUGAACUUGCUUUGAUUUGCUCCUGCAUAUUGGCGUUUCUGUACACUACAAAUUAACUUUGAUUCCUGUUGUAUGUACCUGGAUUUCAAGGUGGUAGAAAGCCUACAUGUAAUUACUUGAAAUCUUGAAUCUGCCUAUUGAAAUUAAUUCUUUAAUAUAGAAUGACAAAAGUAAGCGCUUACUCUUUAUUAAUUUGGAUUUUUUCAGUGCUUGGUUUUUAAUAGCUAACUAAUCAGCUGGUUCUUGAAUGAAAUCUGUAGUUCAAAUGAAAAGGGAGAUCUCUGACAAUUAUUUGUUUGUUAAGCUUUCAUCUAAGGAGAUGCUUUUUUUGCGGGGGGGGGGGGGAAAGGUUCACAAAAAUCUGAAAGGAAUUAACUGAGUGCUUUUUCCCAGUUGCUUUCUCUCCUUUCAAAUGCAUAAUGGCACUUGCUGUUCUUCCUUUGACUUUUAGGUCUCCUCCUACAAACAGGUAGAGACUGCAGGUUUUCCUACACAAACUUUCUGAGGCGUAGGCUUCCCUAAUUUGAAUGCUGAAAGAACUAUGAGCAUGCAUAAGAAAAAGGCAUGACAUAAAGUAUCUUAGCAUGGUGCUAUACUUGUAUGGUUGAAAAUCUGGCCAAAAAUAAACAGGGAAAAGUCUUCAGAAGUUUUUGUUGUUGUUGCUGUUAUUGGGCUUUUCUUUUUUUUUUUUUAUUUGGGUGUGUUUUGUUUGUUUGUUUUCAGAGCAUUGCAAACACUUGUGCAGUCUUUCUGAAAAUUUGGUGCACCAAAGGUGUCGUAAGUUCUUCUCUGCAAGUUAGUAACAGUGUGAACUUCUCGGGCUGCAUAAGAAUUACUUAGUUACCUGCAAAUGCUUCUAAUUUGUUUGACACCUCACUCCUAGUAAUCCAAAUUUGUCUGAAUCCAUAAUGCAUGAAUGAGCUGGACAAAGUGCUGUGAAGAAGGGGUGUGGAUAAGCUUGAUGUUGGUUCUGUUUUCCUUUCAGUGCAAGCAGAAAAAGGAGCAUUUUGCUCACUCGCAAAACUCUUGCCUCUAAAUACUCUUUCUAGUAGCUCAACAGACAGUGUUUGGGAAGAGAUGGCUCUUCUGUGUGUAUUUUGGAAUUCUCAUGUAUAAACGUGAAGAAAAUGGUUGCAGAUCAGUAUUAACUUCAUCACCUGCAAUGCGUGCACAAAGCGAGGGUCUAAGCCAAACUGAUUAUGUAUGUGGAUGCAAACUGUUAAUGAAUUUCAGGUGAGCCCAAGAACUCAGAAAGUUUGUGUUGGAAUGACAAUGAUCCCAGAGAAGAUUCCUUGAAUUGUUGCCCUAAGGAUGUUGAACUGCAGUCAGUUAUGCGGAGGAGAUACUUUACUGCACCUUUCACCCAGCUGUAAAACGGUUACAUAUAGCUUCUGUGCUCAUAUCAAAAUAGCUAAUUUUUGUAAAAUUAAAACAACAAAUGGGGUCUUAAAGGUUUAAAAUCAGGAUUCUUAAGUGACAAAGUUUUUCUUUAUGAAUUAUAAAUAUAUUCUGGCACAUUACUAAGAUAUAACAAUUUUCAAAACCCUGUAGGUAUAGGAGACAGAUGGGGCCACAGUAUUGGCACAGUAAUAGGUACCAGCUUUAACAUGCGACUAGAAACAUCUGUAUGUUACUUGUAAUUAUAUCCUGUCUUCACAUUUUAUAUAACUCAAGUUUAGACAGUACAAUUUCAAUGGAAAAUAUUGUGUAUGUGUUUCAAACAAAAUUAAUUUGUUUUGCAAGUAACUUAGUCUUGUUCCUAAUGGAAUUUCACAUUGGUUAAGCUCAAGCUACGUUGCACUUGUGAAUGAGUAAUUUUAUUCCAUUUUAACUGUGAAUUAAUGGCUUUUUGUGUUGCCGCAGCUAGAAGAAUAUACCUUUCAUUGUUUACUGCUUUCCUUGAAUAACUGCAACAUAGGGGAUAUUUUCAAAAUGUACAUUAAAUUAGAUCAUAGAAAUUAUAUUUUUAAAACAAAUUGUUAAAAUAUAAGUAACUGAAGAAUCCACUCAGUAGUUUUAUCUUUUUAAACUCUUAAUUCAACAAUUAUUUCAAUACAGAUAACUUUAUUUCAUUAAAUGGUAACCAGGUCAUGUUAUUCACAUAACUGUAUGUUUUUGACAACAGUUCUUUCUCUUCUAACUAAUAAAAACCUUCAGGUGCCUUCUGUGUAUCAGCUCUUCUUUAUGGACCUUUUUAAAAAACAAACACACACCCUUGUAACUUUUAAGCCUGGAAACUGAAUGGUUGGAUUGGACUCUAGUUCUGUAUUCUACUGUGCUGUAUAUUGUGAUGCAUAUGAGGAGAGAAAUGGAUGGGGGUUUUAUUUGUUCUUUCAGUCUGCAUCAAUCAAUGGUGCAAAUAAAAGGGAUUGUUUGCUGUUUUUAGAAGCACAUUAAACUCCUUUUAGGAGCUUAAAAUAAACUAUAUUCUAAUGAGGAUGAAAGGAUGUAGUGUGAAUAAAUUAUGAUUUUAAGUGAGCUGGGAAGUUUUCUUUAAUGCAAUAAAAUUUGCACUGGUUUAGAGACUGUUUUGAACUGUUGAAAAAUGGCAUUCAUUUACUGUGCUUUGAUUAACAAGUGUUUCUCUGUAAUGUUUUUGUACAUUUGACAAAGGUUUCUUGAGUUUAAAAGGGCACUCUGCAUAUUCUGAAUUCUGUAUAGAUAUCCUAGACUAAGAAACAAUUUUUAAUGUAUUUCCCAAAAUAAAUAAAAUAUGUAUGCAUCCUGUGUAAAAAAAAAAAAAAAAAAAUCUCAAUUGUUCAGCUUUUUUUGCCAUUGGAACUUACCUGCUUGAUCAAACUUAAUCUUAAAUGCAAUUUCAGCCUAUAGUUGGGCAAAAGCAGAGACACGUGACUGCCUUUUUUGGGAAUUGUUUCAUUGUACGUCACUGACUUACGAGUGGGAAAGAGUGGGAGCAGUUGGGGCAGGGGAGAGGGAAAGAAAAGAUGGGAUUCACUUUUAGAUAUUUGGUUAAUGAGAGAGGAUGGGUUUGUGGCACCUUAACCAAGCCAUGGGGACUGGCAGAGGUAAAAAAAAAAUUGAAAAACAGGCUGAGGGAGGCAGAAUCCAUGCAGGUUUUGUUCACAGGGAAGUGGUGGACCCUGGCUUCCUGACGAUAGAGUUGCUGCUGUCUGCUGACCAAGACAAGCACCGUUAACCAGUGGGUGGUUGUACUUGGCAGAACAUUUCCCGGGAGUUCUAUUGUCUCAGUGGCUUUGUAACAGGGGCACAGAGGGAUGCUUUCAGUGAUGCAUCCUAGCUUGCAAGAGACACCGAUGGACCUCCUCCUUCAUCACAUACUUGCAGGUUUACAUGCAGUUUCCAGAUUUUUUAUUUUUUUCUUUUAUGGGGUAGGGGACAGGUAGAGGAGUGAGGCUGGGAUGAAAUUUAAGCAGUAGAAACUGCCAGUUACGGUCAAGGGCUUCACAACUGAGUAUCUUUCAAACAGGUAUGGCAGUCAGUUCAUUGAUCUGUUAGUAAAAAUAAUACUGGACCCAAAAGACCUCUCUCUGAAGAAACUGAUACACAUCACUAACUGGCCACUUGUGAAGAAGAUUCAUAGUAAGCUCAUCUUUUCAGGCCUGUUUUUAGGUAUGGAGCUCAGGGACAGUCUUUUGGACUUUUAUAAUCUUGUCGGCAUCAGGACAACUUUGCUUGUUUUGCUCUGACUGUUUCUGUCACUGCUGUCUUUUUAAUAAUGCUGCCUGCUAAAAAUAUUACACUGCCUUCCUAAUAUGCUGGCUCUAGCAUGGCCUAUUGAGAGAGGAGGCUGAAGGAGGGAGGGUGAAACAGGAACAAAAACCUGCAUUUGAGGAAUCCCCAAAGCAGCACGAGCACCGAAUUCGGGUUUGAAGCUGUAGGAAGAGGGAACUGCUGUCUCCUGUGCCAAGAUCAGGUGGGAAACUUGAGAAAAUGUGAUGGUAGAAGGCAAUAGCAGAAGGACCUUUCUUAAGGAAGCUCUCUGCUCCCUCAUGUGUUCAGAGCUACCAUCAGAAUAGUCAUGGGUGGUAGUUCUCAGCUGUGCAGAGACAAACUUCUACUGUCUACAAAGAGGAGUAAAGGAAGAGUCACUAACUUGCCAAGCUGGAGAAAAUCUGAUGGGGUCCAACAGGAAACACAAAGGUCCUGCCUGUGGGUAGGAAUAACCCCAUGCACCAGUGCAGAUUGGGGCAGACCAGCUGGAGAGCACAUGCUGGUGAGACAUGCUUGGGUCUGGGCUGCGUCCAAGCCUGGGCUGACCAGUACAAGAGAGGCUUGGACAUCCUGGAAUGACUCCAGUGAAGAGC